CAUUGCCUUUAAACCCUAAUUGAAAGUUCGCUCCUUUUCACUCGCCGCCCGGUCUUGCUUUUGCGCGCCGCCAUCGCUCGUUCAGGUCAAAAAAUUUCUUAGAGUAUGAGUUUUCAGAGUAAGCUUGGUGGCCUGUUAUUUAGGCAUAGUAGUCUGACAAUUGGCAUAUCAAAGAGCCCUAUUCCUGGGAUGCUUAAUUUUACUCGUUGUAUAUCAUCUACAAAGCUUUUCAUCGGAGGUCUCUCCUAUGGCACUGAUGAUCAAUCACUGAGGGAAGCAUUCAACCCAUUUGGCAAUGUGGUCGAAGCAAGGGUCAUCACAGACCGAGAUACAGGACGAUCAAGGGGAUUCGGCUUUGUGAACUUUGACAGCGAGGAGUCUGCCAAGGCGGCAUUAUCCAGCAUGGAUGGCCAGGUAGUUGAAGGUCGAAAUAUUCGUGUGAGUCAUGCUAAUGAAAGGCCAAGCGGUGGCUCCCGGGGUGGCUUCGGUGGUGGCUAUGGUGGCUCUGGGAGCUACAGUGGUUGAUUUGCUGGUAUGAAAUGAUUUUGCAAUUUGCAUUAGAGAUUUGAAUCUAUGUUUGAUGGAUAUUACUCUUUCAUUAUCUUAAGUUGAAUUGCAUUAUGCUAUUUAAGUUGCUA